AUGGCUUUCAUUUUUGCUAGUUGUCUUGGUUUGCUUAGUCUGUUUUUUCAGUGCUUCUAUGUCAUUCAUAUUUAUUCUGAAUCUUAUUUACCACCUGAUUUCAAUAAUAAUCAAACUGCCUUCCUCCAAUAUCUAGCUUCCGAAAAUUUGUCUCUUCGAUUGCCAGCUCUAUAUGUUUUUGGGGACUCGUAUAUAGAUGCUGGUAAUAACAAUUUUCUUGACACAAUAGCCAAAGCCAAUUUCUUACCAUAUGGUAUUGAUUUUGGAGGAGUGCCAACCGGUCGUGCCACCAACGGGAGAACCGUUGUGGAUUUUAUUGCUCAAGUUGCUGGCCUGCCAUUUCCACCCCCAAUGCUCGGAUUGUCUGAAACCGAGAGGAAAAUCUUUGUUAGUGGUGUAAAUUAUGGCUCUGGUUCUAGCGGGAUACUGCCUCUGCCUCCUCCUGCUGUGGAAAUAUUUGGACAUAUUUUGAGCUUCGAUGAACAAAUAGAGUUGUUGAACGACACAACAAGAAGCUUGAAGGGUCAUUUUGACAGCCCUGAAAGCUUUUCUCUCUACCUGUCUAAGUCAUUGUUCUUUAUCCACAUAGGGACCAAUGACUUAGGCAUAUAUUGGGAUCUUGAACAAAAGCGAAAGUUCCGAACUGCAGAAGAUUAUGCACUCUUCUUAUCGGAGGAGUUGUCCGGUAGAUUGGAGGCAAUAUACCAACUGGGAGCAAGGAAAUUCCUGGUUAACAAUGUUUCUCCAUUAGGCUGCCAACCUUUCAAUCUGAACACAAAAAUGCACAAUACUUCCUGUGUUGAAGAUGUUAACCAGAGAAUAGCUUUCUACAAUGGACUCCUUCCCAACUUGUUGACAAAGUUGGAAACAUCCUUGAAGGGUUCCACAUUUGUGCUGUGUGAUCUAUAUAAAGUGUUUGAAGAUGUUUACACUCAACCAGCAGCAUAUGGGUUUACGAAUGUCAAUGGUUCUUGUUGCAUUGACGAAGCGAGGAAUGGAACUAGAGGAUGCGCCAGAAAUGUUGCUCCUUGCGCUGACAGAACGAGCCAUGUCUUCUUUGACCCAUUCCAUCCGACCGAGAGUUUUCAUUUCAUUUGGAUGAGGCGCUUUUUGAAGGACCACUCUGUCUGUUCUCCAUUUACCUUGUUUGAGUUAAUGCAACUUUAA